GUCGAAAAAGGAAAAGUGGGAAAAGAAUCGUUCGGCGACCGUCUGAUCAAACUCCGAAAGAUCCGUCAAGCCACAAAGGACGCUGGUGUGAUCGCUGGCUUGAACGUUAUGCGUAUCAUCAACGAGCCUACAGCAGCAGCCAUCGCCUAUGGGCUAGACAAGAAGGCUACUAGUGUUGGGGAGAAGAACGUUUUGAUCUUUGACCUUGGUGGUGGUACAUUCGAUGUCUCUCUUCUAACCAUUGAGGAAGGUAUCUUUGAAGUUAAAGCCACUGCAGGAGACACUCAUCUCGGUGGUGAGGAUUUCGACAACAGGAUGGUGAACCACUUUGUGCAAGAGUUCAAGAGGAAGAACAAGAAGGACAUUAGCGGAAACCCGAGAGCUCUAAGGAGGUUGAGAACCGCUUGUGAGAGAGCAAAGAGGACUCUUUCUUCCACCGCACAAACCACCAUCGAGAUUGACUCUCUGUUUGAAGGAAUCGACUUCUACUCUCCAAUCACCCGCGCUAGGUUCGAGGAGCUGAACAUGGAUCUUUUCAGAAAGUGUAUGGAGCCUGUUGAGAAGUGUCUCCGUGAUGCUAAGAUGGACAAGAGCUCCGUCGACGACGUUGUCCUAGUCGGUGGCUCCACCCGUAUCCCCAAGGUCCAGCAACUACUCCUCGACUUCUUCAACGGUAAAGAGCUCUGCAAAUCUAUUAACCCCGAUGAAGCCGUGGCGUACGGUGCAGCUGUUCAGGCAGCUAUUCUCAGCGGUGAGGGUAACGAGAAGGUUCAAGAUCUUCUAUUGCUUGACGUGACACCACUCUCUCUCGGUCUUGAAACUGCUGGAGGAGUCAUGACCGUCUUGAUCCAAAGAAACACAACCAUCCCGACAAAGAAGGAACAAGUCUUCUCGACUUACUCAGACAACCAACCAGGAGUCUUGAUCCAAGUCUACGAAGGAGAGAGAGCAAGAACCAAAGACAACAACCUUUUGGGUAAAUUCGAGCUCUCUGGUAUCCCUCCUGCCCCAAGAGGUGUUCCCCAGAUCACCGUCUGUUUUGACAUUGACGCGAACGGUAUCCUCAACGUUUCGGCGGAGGACAAGACGACGGGACAGAAGAACAAGAUCACAAUCACCAACGACAAGGGAAGGUUGUCGAAGGAUGAUAUCGAGAGAAUGGUUCAGGAAGCGGAAAAGUACAAGUCGGAGGACGAGGACCACAAGAAGAAGGUCGAAGCGAAGAACGCUCUCGAGAACUACGCGUACAACAUGAGGAACACGAUCCGUGACGAGAAGAUUGGUGAGAAGCUUGCGGCUGAUGACAAGAAGAAGAUUGAGGACUCCAUCGAAGCUGCUAUUGAGUGGCUUGAAGGGAAUCAGUUGGCGGAGUGCGAUGAGUUUGAGGACAAGAUGAAGGAGCUUGAGAGCAUUUGCAACCCGAUCAUAGCUAAGAUGUACCAAGGUGGUGAAGCUGGUGCUGCAGGAGGAAUGGACGAUGAUGCUCCACCUUCUGCCGGAGGUGCUGGUCCCAAGAUCGAGGAAAUAUCUUUUUGGGAUGAACUAUCGAUUGUUUUGUUAAUGCCUCAACUUCUCUACUACUACGAAAACAAAGAUGUUCUCAGCUGCUCUCUGUACGCGAUGGCCUCGGUCUUGUUUCUACGUAACUCCACUGUCCAUAGUCUGAAGCGUUUGUGAGUUCUGCAUUGUUCUAGCUUCCUCUCAACCAAGUGAUUGUUGCUGGUGCUAAUAGUAACAAUCUCGGCUGCUAUAUAAUACUCACCAGUCAUGUUAUUUUGUCUAAAAAAAAUUAAAGAAUUUUUUGAUUCAUACUAGAUGAGUACGGU